CCGAGACUAUAUAUACAAUAGUAGAGCACAUGACUUCAAGAACAUGUCUAAUCUUCCUUUGUACACAACAAUGGCACUAACCAUAAGCUUGAUUCUAGUAGCUUUAGUUGCUCUGACAAUUCAAGUCUUCUACUUUUCACCCAUAGAUCCCGUUUUGCUGAAAAUUCCAUCUCCUCUAUCUUCUAAUUCUUCAACCAAAAACAAUCAAUUACAGAAUGUGAUUAAGCUUGGAGAAGGAUUUCUAAAGCAACCAGAAGAUGUUUGUGUAGAUCAUAAAGAAGGUAUCUUGUAUACAGCUACAAGAGAUGGUUGGAUUAAAAGAAUGGUUAGGAAUGGAAAAUGGGAGAAUUGGAAGCAUAUAGAUAGUUCAACUUUGCUUGGAAUCACAACUUCAAAAGAUGGUGGUCUCAUUGUUUGUGAUACUGCCUUGGGUUUAUUCAAGGUUACAGAAGAUGGUUUCAGUGUCAUCGUUUCACAUGCCAAUGGUUCUCAAUUAAUAUUUGCUGAUGAUGUAAUAGAAGCAUCAGAUGGAAACAUAUAUUUCAGUAUUCCAACUACCAAAUUUGGUUUACACAAUUGGUAUCUGGAUGUACUUGAAGCAAGACCUCAUGGACAACUUUUAAAGUACAAUCCUAUAUCAAAUGAAACUGUUAUUGUCCUUGAUGAUUUAGCUUUUGCCAAUGGUGUUGCAUUAUCCAAAGAAGAAGAUUAUGUUGUGGUCUGCGAAACUUGGAAAUUUAGGUGUGUUAAGCAUUGGCUAAAAUGAAUUAACAAAGGCAAAACAGAUAUCUUCAUUGAAAACCUCCCUGCUGGACCUGAUAACAUUAAUCUUGCUCCGGAUGGCUCAUUCUGGAUCUCUUUAAUUAAGGUGACUUCUGAAAAUAUGGGGUUUGUGCACACUUCUAAAGUAUGCAAGCACUUUGUAGCUUUAUUUCCAAGGCUAGUUAACAUGGUUAAUCGUGUAACUAAGUCAGCAAUGGUGGUGAAAGUGGAUACUGAAGGCAAUAUUAUUAAAAAGUUUGGUGAUAAUGAUGGAAAGAUAAUUAGUUUUGUAACUUCAGCUGUUGAGUUUGAAGACCAUCUUUACUUAGGUAGUCUUAAUACUGAUUUUGUUGGGAAAUUUCCACUGCAAAAUGCAUAGAACUAGUGAAGUUGUUCGUUCAGCUCUUAAUAUUGAAUAAUUAGUUUUGGUAUGUAUGUACUAUGAUUUAUACAUACUACAUAACAUAUCUAGGAGAGUGAUUUUAAGUUAAUUUAUGAAUAUGAUUUACCAUGUGUGACAAUAUUUCGUAUGAAUGAAUAAGAUUAUACAUAAAUUGGUUUAUGUAUAAGUUUAUGCACGAAACUACA